AUGGCCCGUUUCUUACAUAACAAGCAACAUACUUGCACCAACCUUUCUUGCCCAGAGAUAAAAUUUCCAUCGUCAGACCGAUCCAGCUCCAAAAUGGACUCCCAGUACGCGUGGAAGGAGCCUACGCAAAUCGACCCGUCGUUUGUGCGGUCGCCCACUUCGGAGUUUUCUCGGGCCCCUGAAAACGACCAGCCUGCUGCCGUUUCGCCCAAAGACGACAAGAGUCCUGCCGAACAGCCCCGGGAGAAACCAGCACGCCGGUCUGUGUCCAACACGAAAAGAGCGGCGCAGAACAGGAACGCCCAAAAGGCGUUUCGCCAACGCAGAGAAAAGUACGUGAAAGAACUUGAGGCCACGGCGGCUGAAGUGGCCGAGUUACACAAAACCAUCGAGGAAUUACGCCAGGAGAACUUGCAACUACGCGACUACACGCUAGCGUUGCAGUCGCGGCUCAUCGAGUUGAGUCCCAACGUGGCCGUGGCUCAUCCGCUGGCACAGGAGUUCAACAAGUUGUAG